AUGUCCGUCCACUUGCUCUCCGCGGCCUCUUUCGCCUCACCACUCUCACUCGACCAACCGCCUUGCUGCCUCCGCGUUCUUUCGGGAGACUCAGGACAGCGCCGCAACCCGUCCUCACUGUUGGGACCUGGGGUAGGCGAAGCGCCCAGCGCGUCGAGGGCGGAAUGGGCACGGGGAGAGUCCGCAGGCAGUGCUAGCGGGUUUCGCUCCGUUGCAGGCCGAGCGCAGUCGGGCAACUGGCGCAGCUUAAUACGGGGAGGGAUCUCAGCGCGGGGCGAAAGCAGGAGCAGUGCGGGACCGGGCGCUGAGCAGUGGGGGCAGAGUGCGGAGGGGCGCAGAGAGGCAGGCGGAAACGGCGGAGGGUGGUCCGACAGGGGACGGAGAGGUGGGGGACGGUCGGUUGGCGGAUGGGAGAGAGGGGGACGGCGAGGCGGUAGCGGAGGAUGGGGGGCCGGCGAAGGGGACAGCGGAGCUUUAAGGGACAGGGAGGGCGCAGGGCGGCAGGAGGGAUCGCGCGGUGAGGGAGGGGAUUGGGGAAGGCAAUGGGGCGGGGGAGCGGAGAGCGCGCGCGAGCGAGGGCUGGAGGGGAGGGAUGGCAGGGACGCAUGGCGCGCGGACGGCGGUCGCGCGGAAAGGGGGCGGGGCGGCGGGCGCGGUGGCGGAUCCUGGGACGCGCGGAGCCGAGGGGGAAGAGGCAGGGCGGGAUCGUCCGCGUCGUGGGGCCGAGGGGGAAGAGGCGCAGGCGAGCGCGGGAGGGGACGGGGUGGGCAGGCGGGCGGAAGGGGGGUGUGGGGGAGGCGAGGAGAGGGGCGGUGGGGGAGCGAGGAGGGCGCGGAGGAGGAGUUACCGUCGGGGUCGUUCGUACUGCCCGACCCCGAGGCGGACGGCGGGGCGGACGGCGGGGCGGACGGCGUGCUCGUGGUGGGCGUCGAGGGCCGCCCCCCCGCGCUCUCCCCGCGCGACCUCGUGUGGGCGCGCGCGCGCCGCGUGCGGUCGGGCGUGGUGAGCGACGCGCGGUGGUGGUCCGUGAUGGACGGCGACCGGUACGUGGGGGACGACGAGGGGGACGAGGGGGCGGAGGGGGACGAGUGGGAGGGGGAGGGGGAGGAAGGGGGGGCUUUUGGGAGGGCGGGGGUGAUGGAGGGAGAUGAGGGGAGGGGACGGGAGGGGAGAGGGGCAGAGCGCGGGGACGAGUCGGACACAGAGGGGGAGGAUGGGGAGGAGGUGGAGGUGGAAAUACGGGGCCAGGGGGGAGGUUGGGGGGAAGAGGAUGAGGCGGAUGGGCGAGAGGGCAUGAGGGCAGGGAGGAGGGGCGAGGAGGGGGCGGGCAGCAGGCGGGGGAGGGGCGUGCGGCUGUUCGGGCGGGACUUUGGGCGCAGCCAGGCAGGCAAGGGGGGGGAGGGCGGUGAGGAUGCCAACCUGUCAGCGCGGAGCCCGCGGGUGGCAACAUCACGUGCUGACGUGGCGGCCGUGAGCGAUGCUGGUGACAGCAGGCAGAGGCUCGGUGGGGUGGGUGUGGGCGCUGGCAGCUCUGGUGGUGCGCAGCAGCAGCGGGGCGAGGGCGCACGGGGAGGGGGUGCGGCGGGGUGGCAGGGCGCGGAGGAGAUGCGUGGGGCAGGGAGGAAAAAGCAGGAGGGGGAAGAGGAGGAGGAGGAGGGAGGGGAGUGGGCGAGUGGCGAGGAGUGGGCGCGGUACGGCAUGGAGGCACCGUUUGAGGGCAUCAUUGAGCUGGACGGCGAUGAUGCAUGGGGGGCGGGCGCGCACGGCAGGGCGGGCAGGCGGCAGCAGGAGGGUGGUGCAGCAGGUGGGGCGGGCGGGGGCCCCAGCGUGCUGGAUGCCUUGCGCCGACAGGUGGUGCCCCGGGGCAGGGAGGGCGACGAGGGGCGGGGUGGGGGCAAGGCAGAGAAGGGGGAGAAGGGGAAGCAGGCGAGCAAGGAGGGUGGCGGGCGGGAUGCAGCAGCAGCAGCAGGCAAGGCAUCUGAGGGGUCUGGCACGGGCAGGGCAGCGGUGGCAGCGGCGGCGGUGGUGCCCCCCUCACAGCGGGACAACUACGACCCAGCGCUGGCGGACCAGUUCUUCAGCCGCACCUCCUUCGCUCAACUCGCCGCCUCCCCCGCCGCCCUCUCUUCCCUCCACGCGCUUGGCAUCACCCGCCCCUCGCACAUCCAGGUGGGCAAGUGGAAUGGGUUGUGUGCGGUGGAAUGGGUUGUGUGCGGUGGAAUGGGUUGUGUUCCGUGGAAUGGGUUGUGUGCGGUGGAAUGGGUUGUGUGCGGUGGAAUGGGUUGUGUGCCGUGGAAUGGGUUGUGUGCGGUGGAAUGGGUUGUGUGCGGUGGAAUGGGUUGUGUGCGGUGGAAUGGGUUGUGUGCGGUGGAAUGGGUUGUGUGCGGUGGAAUGGGUUGUGUGCGGUGGAAUGGGUCGUGUGCGGUGGAAUGGGUUGUGUGCGGUGGAAUGGGUCGUGUGCCGUGGAAUGGGUUGUGUGCGGUGGAAUGGGUCGUGUGCCGUGGAAUGGGUUGUGUGCGGUGGAAUGGGUUGUGUGCGGUGGAAUGGGUCGUGUGCGGUGGAAUGGGUUGUGUGCGGUGGAAUGGGUCGUGUGCCGUGGAAUGGGUUGUGUGCGGUGGAAUGGGUUGUGUGCGGUGGAAUGGGUCGUGUGCGGUGGAAUGGGUUGUGUGCGGUGGAAUGGGUCGUGUGCCGUGGAAUGGGUUGUGUGCGGUGGAAUGGGUCGUGUGCCGUGGAAUGGGUUGUGUGCGGUGGAAUGGGUUGUGUGCGGUGGAAUGGGUCGUGUGCGGUGGAAUGGGUUGUGUGCGGUGGAAUGGGUCGUGUGCCGUGGAAUGGGUUGUGUGCGGUGGAAUGGGUUGUGUGCGGUGGAAUGGGUUGUGUGCGGUGGAAUGGGUUGUGUGCGGUGGAAUGGGUCGUGUGCGGUGGAAUGGGUUGUGUGCGGUGGAAUGGGUCGUGUGCCGUGGAAUGGGUUGUGUGCGGUGGAAUGGGUCGUGUGCCGUGGAAUGGGUUGUGUGCGGUGGAAUGGGUCGUGUGCGGUGGAAUGGGUCGUGUGCGGUGGAAUGGGUUGUGUGCGGUGGAAUGGGUUGUGUGCGGUGGAAUGGGUUGUGUGCGGUGGAAUGGGUCGUGUGCGGUGGAAUGGGUUGUGUGCGGUGGAAUGGGUCGUGUGCCGUGGAAUGGGUUGUGUGCGGUGGAAUGGGUCGUGUGCCGUGGAAUGGGUUGUGUGCGGUGGAAUGGGUUGUGUGCGGUGGAAUGGGUCGUGUGCGGUGGAAUGGGUUGUGUGCGGUGGAAUGGGUCGUGUGCCGUGGAAUGGGUUGUGUGCGGUGGAAUGGGUCGUGUGCGGUGGAAUGGGUUGUGUGCGGUGGAAUGGGUCGUGUGCCGUGGAAUGGGUUGUGUGCGGUGGAAUGGGUCGUGUGCCGUGGAAUGGGUUGUGUGCGGUGGAAUGGGUUGUGUGCGGUGGAAUGGGUCGUGUGCGGUGGAAUGGGUUGUGUGCGGUGGAAUGGGUCGUGUGCCGUGGAAUGGGUUGUGUGCGGUGGAAUGGGUUGUGUGCGGUGGAAUGGGUUGUGUGCGGUGGAAUGGGUCGUGUGCGGUGGAAUGGGUCGUGUGCGGUGGAAUGGGUCGUGUGCGGUGGAAUGGGUUGUGUGCGGUGGAAUGGGUUGUGUGCGGUGGAAUGGGUUGUGUGUGGUGGAAUGGGUUGUGUGCGGUGGAAUGGGUUGUGUGCGGUGGAAUGGGUCGUGUGCGGUGGAAUGGGUUCACCUUCUUCUUUUCCCCUCCUCGCCCUUUCCCCACCGCCCUCCUUCGUCCAUUGCCUACAUCAACCGUCUGCUGCCUUUCCCUGCAAGCUCAACCGUCCGUCCUUCCCCCUCCCCCCCUGGCACCGGUGCACGAGGGCAGGCAGCAGCGUUCCCGUACGUGCUGCGCGGGGCGGACUGCAUCAUGGCGGACCAGACGGGCACCGGCAAGACACUCGCCUACCUGCUGCCGCUGCUGCAGCGCCUCAAGGCUGACGAACUCGCACGUGCGGGAGGGGGCGAGGGGGGCGGUGGGGAGGGGGAGGGAGGGGAGGGGGAAGGCGGAGGGCGUGCGGGUGGUGCGCGCAUGGGAGCAGCGCCGAAGCGACCGGCGGUGAUUGUGUUGGUGCCCACCACUGAGCUGGCGAACCAGGUGGUGCGGGUGGCGCGGCAGCUGUCAGCGGGCGGCAUGAGGGUGCGGUCGGUGGCGGUGACGGGCGGGCACCGGUGGCGCACGCAGGUGGAGGCGCUGGCGGGCGGGGUGGACGUGGUGGUGGGCACGCCGGGCCGCGUGCUGCAGCACCUCGAUGCCGGCUCCAUGCUGCUGGACGAUGUCAAGUGUGUGGUGGUGGACGAGGCGGACAUCAUGUUUGACGACGACGACUUCAGUGCCGCCCUCAAGCCCAUCCGCAUGGGGUGCUCGCGGGCAUGCCAGGUGGUGCACGUCACGGCCACGCUGCCAGCGGACGUGCACCAGCAGCUGCUGCAAGAGUACCCCACCGCCGUCUCCCUCAUCGGCCCCUCCCUGCACCUCACCUCCUCCGGCCUGCACGAGGUGCUGGUGGACUGCUCGCAGGCGGAGGGCGAGCAGCGCUCGGAGGAGGGCGGCUUUGCACGCAAGCGGGCGGCGCUGCUGCAGAUUGUGGGGGCGAGCAGGGGCAGGCGCAGGGGGGACGCGGAGGGCGAGGAGGGGGAGGGGAGUGUGGGCGCAGUGAGAGAAGGCGAGGAGAGCAGCGUUGGUUCAAAGAAGACGAUCGUGUUCUGCAACAAGAUAGAGACGUGUCGCCGGGUGGAGAACGUGCUGGUGAGGGCGGACCGCCAGCAGCGCCGCUACAGAGUGCUCGUGUGCCACGCGGGCAUCGCCCCCGACGCACGCCGCCAGGCCUUGGAGCAGCUGCUCGCGCCCAACCCGCCCCUGCCCCUCAUCCUCGUCUGCACUGACCGGGCGUCGCGCGGCAUAGACAGCAUCGACGUGGACCGAGUGGUGCUCUUUGACUUCCCGCGCGACCCCAGCGAGUACGUCCGCCGCGUGGGCCGCACCGCCAGGGGAGCGGGCGGCACGGGCACGGUGUACGUGUUCGUGCAGGGCGGGCAGGUGGGGCUGGCUCGCCGCAUCAUGACCCGCAACGACCGCGGGCUGCCCGUGCAUGAGGUGCCCGACAGCUUCUUCUGA